AUGGCAAAGAGCCAGAAGUCAAAACACAUAGUGGUGGCAGCGAGCGGGAAAGGGUUAUAUCCUACCGGCACGAGUGCCAAAAAUCGCCACGCAACCAUUCAAAUGGGCACUUUUAAGUACACGCCGGUUGUUUUCAAGCCGCAGCAUUGUGACAACAUAAUACAAACGUUCAAGAUGUCUGAAUACGAUAAUUUACCGGGAGGCGUCUUACAGCUAAAGGGAGGAUCUAACAGAAUAAAAAAAAAAAAGAAAAAAUCGAAAAAAGACAAGGAGAAAGUUGAAUCCAUAGCAAAGGAACUGCUUUCUUCCGAGAAACCUCAAACUCCGAUUAGAGUAGUUGCCAAAACAGAAGCCGAGAGGAAGUUCGAGGAGAUACAGCGUCAACGGCUUGAAGAGAAGGUACAGAAGGCUGCACAGAAGUCACAUCGAGAGAGAGUUGCGGAAUUGAAUCGGAAAUUAGAAGAGAUGACUGAGCACUACGACAUUCCGAAGGUCGGCCCUGGAUAA